AUGUCCACGGGUCCAAUAAUCCAAGAGAUGGCUCGUCCCGUCUGCAAGUCUGCGGCGGAGAAGCACCUCGUCGACGCAGACACGGUCGAUCCACGCCGCGGCAAGACUCAGGUCGGGCGCAAAGCACUUCACCGGAGUCACUUCAAAUGGGACGCCAACUCGGUCGGAGACAAGCCUUUGCCGGCACCACGCAAUCUCGUCUUGACCAAUCUCUCCCCGCUAACGCCAAUCCCGCAAGUCCUUCUCAACAUCCGCCGGUUCGGCCGCGUCGAGUCCUCCAAACUCGAGAUGCAUCCCGCGAUCGGUCAAAGCCUCGGCAUCUUCCAUGUCACGUUCGCCCACGACUUUGACGAGCGCGGCAAGCCUCUGGAAAGCGUCGCCGCCGGACAACACGGGCAGCACGCUGGCAGAGUUGCCAAGGCGGCUUGGCUCGGCUUGAAGGAUCGCCAGCUUGGCCAGAACGUGGUUCAGGCUUUCCUGGAUCGCAGCGGCGAAGUUCUUGCCGAACAGAUCAAGCUCAAAAUUGCUGAACACGACGCAAGGCAUCGACGACCAACGGCACCCGCUCCCGCUCCUCCACUACCACGUGUGAGCGAAUCACCUGCCACACCCGGCGCAUCAAAGCCAAGCAUGCCUCCGCCGGACAUCCCUCGUGGACCAAGAUCAUUUGCCAAUCCCGCACCCGUGCCGUCCCCGCGUGCGCACACGGAUCGAAACGAGCCCGCAUCGUCCCGGUAUCCGCGAUAUGGCUCGAGCUACGACGAUGAUCGCAGGUCUGGUUCGUCCGACCCGCAUCGUCGCCGCUACGAUCCAGAAGAAACCAGCAGAUCUCAAUCCAGCCGCGAUUCGGAAAGGUACGGUCGACCUUCUGCACCGCCUCGAGCAGAAGCGCCCAAGAAGCUCAAAGACUCGACCGAAGGAAUCAUCAAGACACUUCGGAAUGCGGAACAAGCCUACGUCUACAUCACCAAGCCCGCUGGCUGUGACAUCGACGCCUCAGAUGUAGCAACGGAGCUGCGCAGUAGGUCCGACCCGCUCUGGGUGCUGGAGGGCGAUAACGGAUUCUACGCGGCAUUCAAGACGCACAAAGAGGCCGGCCAGUGCAAGGUGGCCAAUGAGACGCUGUCGAUCGGCGGAUACAUUCUGCAGGUCGACGCACGCAGAGCCCCGUCUCAACUCGCACCGAGCGCCGACAAGAAGCCAGCGAGCAAGCUGGAUCCCGGUGCGCCACCCACAUCCGCUGUACAGAUGCGCCAGAAACUCGACACAGGAUUGCGUCCGCUCACCGCAGAGGAAAGGCAGAAGACGGACUGGACGGCAGCAGAGCUGCAGCAAGCUGUCUUCCGUCUGCUGCAGAAGGAGCUCGCACACACCUUCCUCCGCGACGUCAAAAGCCGAACUGUUACGCAGCAUCUGGGUGUGUAUCUCAAGGAGGGAGGGGAGGGUAAAGCCAUUCUCGACAAGCCGAUGAUCAAAGUCUCUGUGCCUUCUGCGAAGGUCUCCGACCGCCAAGCAUCCUCUCUGGCGGCGGACGGUGAAGCCCGCCUUCCGACUUUCCGGAAGCUCGGCGGCACGAAGCCUAAGAAGCCAGUCUCGGACGCGGAUGAGGUCGCCUCGAGGGCUAGAUGGGAAAGGAAGAAGCAUUCAGACGUGACCCACAAGCCGAAAGCUUGUCGCAGCAAAGAGGUUGUGAGCUCGGACGAUGAGAUCGAAGACACGCGCCGCGGCAGCAAGAUCUCCUCGCGUCGCGAUAGCGGCGCCAACGUGCGCACGAAGCAGCGCAGUUCGGCAGCCCUGCUCCUUGACUCGACGGACGAUGAAGAGGAUGAUCUGGACGACGGAGCUUCCACUCAGCAAGACGCUGCAUCUACGCCUGCGACAGCGGAUCAUCUGGACGAGGAGCCCACACCAAAAGGCAAGAAGGGAUCGAAAGCGAAGGCUUCCCUCGCGACCAAGAAGAAAGGCACGAGCACGGCUCGAAAAGGCUCCAAAGUGGACGGCACGCCUUCCGAAGUGGAUGCCGAGACCGAGCAUGGCAGCGAAACAGCCACGCCGGAAGUUGAAGUCCCAGUCAAGGCAGCCAAGGCCAAGGCUAAAUCCGCCAAGGCGACGGCCAAGCCCAAGCCCAUUCCCGCUGAUCCGUUCGAAGCGGGAGUUGUGGAGGACGCGGAGGAGUGCGCCUACUUGCGUCUAGCCUUGGAACACCUGAACGAGACAGGAGAGCUGCCUAGCGAAGAAACGCUCCCUGACGAGAUAGAGUUGGAAGCCGAAGCGGAAGAACAAGCGAUCGCCUCUGGAACGAUCCCGAAGCAUACGACCGGAUCGGCAAGGACGGAGGGAUACUACCGCAUCCCACCCGAGCAAAAGGCGCUGCAUCUACCGGACCGCAACAAGGCCACUGAAGAAGUUGACACGAGCCAAAACGCCCAGGUGCUGCAAUCCGCCCGGAACAACCGUGCCGACUCUCGACGCUUGGUGCUCGGCAUUGAACAGCACAAACGCGAGACGGCCACGGACACCGACAUCUUCAAGUUCAAUCAGCUCCGCACGCGCAAGAAGCAGCUCAAGUUCGCCAAGUCCCCCAUUCACGACUGGGGCCUCUACGCCAUGGAAUUCAUCCCCGCGGGCGACAUGGUGAUCGAAUACGUUGGCGAGAUGGUGCGACAGCAGGUGGCCGACGAGCGCGAAAAGCGGUACGAGCGACAGGGCAACUUCUCGACGUAUCUGUUCCGAGUCGAUGACGAUCUCGUGGUGGAUGCGACGCACAAGGGCAACAUUGCGAGGUUGAUGAACCACUGCUGCACGCCCAAUUGCAACGCCAAGAUCCUGACGCUCAACGGGGAGAAGAGGAUCGUGCUGUUUGCCAAGUCGCCCAUCCGGGCCGGCGAGGAGCUGACGUACGAUUACAAGUUCCAGUCGUCGGCGGAUGACGAGGAUGCGAUCCCGUGUCUGUGCGGUUCGCCGGGCUGCAGACGCUUCUUAUAG